AUGAACGUCGUUCAGUCUUUGUGUACAAACACAAAUAAAAAUGGAAAAAAGCAGCAGGCCCAGGGGAAAAAAUACCAGUGGGAUCCAGUUUCAAUCAAGGAGCUCUACCAGUUUUUAGGAAUCCUAAUUUUCAUGGGGCUACUGACAACUCACACCGUGAGGGAUUACUGGAGUCCACGUAGGCCUUAUGGAAUCCCAUUCUGUCACACUGUGAUGUCCAGGAAGAGAUAUGAAGCCAUCGCUUGGACUCUGCACAUAAGUGACCCAGAGGAAGAUAAAGAGAAUGAUCAGAAGAAAGGAACUCCACAACACGAUCGCCUCUUCCGUCUCAGACCCCUCUUGGAUUCCCUCCUCCUGUCCUGCAAGGCAUACUACCACCCCCGACAGAACCUUUCAAUUGAUGAACGCAUGGUGGCCUCAAAAGCCAGGAUCGGGUUCAAGCAGUACAUGAAAGCAAAGCCGAUAAAAUGGGGCUUCAAGCUGUUCGUGCUGGCUGAUGCCCACAACGGGUACACAUGUGAUUUCAACAUCUACACAGGAAAAUCCAAAUCAGAUUCUGGGAAAGGACUGAGUUAUGACUCCGUUAUGAACCUCAUAAAGGUGUCAUACUUAGGCACAGGGUACCAUGUGUAUGUUGACAAUUUCUACACCAGCACAACACUGUUUCGGGACCUUUACAAGCUCAAAUUUGGAGCAUGUGGGACCAUUAGAGAAACUCUUCAGGGCUUCCCACAGACAAAAGAAAACGCCCUCCCUAAAAAAGCUGAUAGGGGGACAAUUCGCUGGAUACGAAGUGACAAACUGCUCUACACCAAGUGGAUGGAUACACGUGAAGUGACGAUGUGCAGUUCCAUUCAUAAAGUGUACACAGGAGACAAAGUCCAGAGACGGGUAAGGAAUGAAGAUGGGACAUGGGGAAUGCGGAAUGUUCCUGUUCCUACUCCUGUAAAGGCCUACAAUCAGCACAUGGGAGGAGUGGAUUUGUCAGAUGCCCUUAUAAAAUACUACAACAUGGCACAGAAAACCCAAAAGUGGUACAAGAAAAUUUUUUAUCAUUUCAUUGACAUUGCUGUUGUCAACAGUUUUUUGCUUCAUAAGGAAUUGGCACAGGCUCAAACUACAAAGGCACUUUCACAGAAAACGUUUAGAGAGGAGCUAUGCAAGCAGCUGGUGGACAUCGGGCUUGUGGAGCAGGAGGCCAGUGUGAGUACAGGUAAACUCUGUGUCCCUGUAGCCAUUACAGAGGGCAAGGAACUCGACCCCUCCAUGAAGACCUCCUUCGGGCGUAGACACUGUGCUUUGUGCAAUGAAGGGAAACUCAGGAACAAAACGCCCUGGAAAUGCGAAGCCUGUGAUGUGCCAUUAUGUGUCAUUGUGGACAGAAACUGCUUCAAGAAAUGGCACAUGCGUUAG